UUUACGGCUUGACGACUGAAGUAGCGACAACCUGACUACUGCUUGACAAAUGAAAUAGCGUCGACCUGACUAUGGCUUGACGACCACACCAAAGGUGGAGAUGACUUGAUUACGAUCCUAGUUCGUCAUUAUUCUUUUAGAAAAUUGGCGAAGGUGUGGCUACCGCCGCAGGUCCAUGCCCCUAUUAGCAAUGGCCUAGGAGCUAGCAAGGCUAUCGCUCUAGGGAAGUCUUUAAGCCAUUGCCAUUUUGACAUCUACAACUACAUAAUAUUUUGGGGUCGUUAGCACGUGGCGAGGGCAUCUCCAUUUUCUGAAAAGGUGAUGACCUAAUUAACAACUAUUUGCCAAAUUAACCCAUUAUAAUUCUUUUAGCUUUAACCAUCACCUUACAUCUUGGUUAAGUUGAAAGUUAGAGUGACAGAAACUAAUUAAAGUCUCAAAAUAUAUUAUAUAGAUUAUUCUUGUCGAAGAAAAAGUGCAGUAUAAAUAGAUGGUGUUACUAUGUAUAUCAAACUCACCCAAGCAAAAACACAAUAUGUACUUCUCAUACUUCCUUAAAACUUAAUUAACUCCAAACGAGAUUUAUUUUUUCUUGUUUUCAUGGAAUACAUUAGCAGAGAUGAACCUCUAACACCAGAGGGACGCCUCUUUACCCAACAAAAACUGAAUAUAGUAAUGAAUUGUGCAAUAGGCUUUAGAAACCCUAUUGAUAUUGAAGCCUUAAAAACAGAUUUCUUAAACUCCUACCUCAUGAAACACCCUAGAUUUUCCAGUCUAUUAGUAUUAGAUCAUAAAGGGAGAGAAUUCUGGAGAAAAACCCAUGUCAAUAUUGAUGAUCAUUUUAUCAUUCAUCAUAAUAAUCAAAACCCAAUUUCUGAUCAAUCCAGUAAUAAUGAAGAACAUGAUCAUGAUGAUAAAAUCAAUGCUAUACUAGCAGAUUUUGCAGUUUCAUCUCCAUUGAGUACUAAAAAACCCUUAUGGGAAUUUCAUAUAAUUAGUGAAUUAAAAUGUAUGAUUUUUAGAUUUCAUCAUGCUUUAGGAGAUGGGAUUACUUUGAUGUCAAUGUUUUUAGCUUCUUGCAAGAGAUUUGAUGAAAAUGGUGGGAUUGAACUGAAGCAAGAAGAUAAGGUGAAAGAAAGGAAGAAGAAAAAGAAAGGAAUACUAAGAAUAUUGAAAACGGUGUGGUGGAGUAAUAUUUAUGUAAUGAAGUUUACUGGAAGGUCUUUGUGGGUUAAAGAUAAGAACACGGUGUUUAGCGGCGGAGAUGGGGUGGAGCUGUGGCCAAGGAUGGUGGCUACGGCUAAAUUUGAUCUUCAAGAUAUGAAAAUUGUCAAAAGAGCGGUUCCUGGGGCGACUAUCAAUGACGUUCUCUUUGGAGUUCUAUCUUCCGGAUUUUCAAAAUAUCUAACUAGUCAAUCACCUCAUGGUUUGAAGAAGGGAAUUCAAAUAACAGGAAUAGCAAUGGUUAAUCUAAGACGACAACCAGGAAUACAAGAAAUUUCAACAAUGAUGGAAGGCAACUCAAUAGGAACCAAAUGGGGCAAUAAAUUUGGAUUAUUUCUCUUGCCAAUUCAUUGCCAUACAAAAAGUGGAGAAAAUCCUUUAGAAAAUGUGAAGAAAGCAAAAAAGAUGCUUGAUCGAAAGAAGCAAUCCUUGGAGGCUCAUUUCUCUUACAAAACGGGGAAGUUAGCUAUGUCCCUAUUUGGACCAAAGGUUCCCGCCAAGUUUAAUCACAAGAUUAUUAGCAACUCAACGUUCACUAUCUCAAACGUAGUGGGUCCACAAGAGGUAUCGGCUUUUGGUGGCAAUAACCCCAUGACUUUUAUGCGAGUAACCUCUUCUAGCCUGUCUUGUGGCAUAAUGAUGCACAUGGUGAGCUAUGCGGGAAAGGCCGAGAUGCAGAUACUUGUAGCUAAAGACAUCAUCCCUGAGCCACGAAUACUUGCUAAUUGCUUCCAAGAUUCCUUGAUUGAGAUGAAGAAUGCUGCUUUACUUUUGUGAGCUAGCUAUAUAUUUUAUUGUAAUUACCUAAUUUUGUUCUGCAUAUUUAAUUAAGCCUGUCAUUGCUGCUAAAAAAAGUUUAUGUAUAUUAUGCUUUUAUUUAUCACUGGGUUAGAUGUGAAUGAACCCAUAAUUUUUCUCAAAACUUAAUUUUGUUAUGUUUUGAUUUCUCUACUUAUUUCUACUUGUGUAAUGCCCAUGCAAUACAGAAUUUUUUAA